AUGCGGCGCCCGCGGCGGCCCGGGAGUCCUGGCGGCUCCGGGGGUCUCCGGCUGCUCCUCUGCCUCCUACUGCUGAGCACCCGCCCCGGGGGCUGCAGCGCCAUUAGUGCCCACGGUUGUCUGUUUGACCGCAGACUCUGUUCCCACCUGGAAGUCUGUAUUCAGGAUGGCUUGUUUGGACAGUGCCAGGUGGGAGUGGGGCAGGCCCGGCCCCUUUUGCAAGUUACUUCCCCAGUGCUCCAACGCUUGCAAGGUGUACUCCGACAACUCAUGUCCCAAGGACUGUCCUGGCACGAUGACCUCACUCAGUAUGUGAUCUCCCAGGAGAUGGAACGCAUCCCCCGGCUUCGUCCCCCAGAGCCCCUUCCAAGGGACAGAUCUGGUGUGGUACCCAGGCGACCUGCUCCAGCUGGGGAACUGCUCUCACAGGACAUCCCCACUGGUUCCGCCCCUGCUGCCCAGCUCAGGCUUCCUCGACCUUCAGUGGGAGGGAGUGGAGCUGCGGGGGGCUCCUCCCUGACUCCUCUGCAGGCUGAGCUGCUGCCACCACUCUUGGAGCAUCUGCUACUGCCCCCGCAGCCUCCCCAUCCUGCUCUGAGCUAUGAGCCUGCCCUGUUGCAGCCCUACCUGUUCCACCAGUUCGGCUCUCGCGAUGGCUCACGGAGCUCCGAGAUCUCCCCGAGCACGGGCAGUGAAGGCCCCCCACCCAAGGCUGAAGCCCCCGCCCUCUUCAGCAGAACCACCUCCAAGGGCAUGUUUGGGGCCCACUCUGGCCACUCCUUUGGGGAUCUUCCUGGACCACCACCUUCCCAGCUUUUCCAAGACACAGGGCUGCUCUACUUGGCCCAGGAACUGCCGAUGCCCAGCAGGGCCAGAGCGCCACGGUUGCCAGAGCAAGGGGAUAGCAGCCAGGCACAGGACUCCUCAGAGGGCUAUGAAGAGAAGGAACUAGGGGGUCAUGGGGAGAAGCCUCCUUCGCUGGCAGUGCAGCCAGAUGGGCCGCUGCUGAGACUGGCUGCUGUGCUGGCAGGCUAUGGGGUGGAGCUGCGUCAGCUGACCUCGGAGCAACUCUCCACUCUCCUGACCCUCCUGAAACUGCUGCCCAAGGGCACAGGAAAGAAUCUCGGAGAGGCAGUCAAUCUGGGAGCUGAGGUCAAGAAGGCCGCAGAGGAGCAGGUACUGAGCAGAGAGGUGGCUGAGCCUCCGGCCCCCACCCCUUCCCUGCCCGGACACCCCACUGCCAGCCCCACCUCCAGCAAAGUCCAGCAGGUGGUGAGCCCUGGAUCCUCUGAGCCCCUCAAGCCCUCCAACCCCCCUGCUACACCUCUCCUGCUGGAGAAGAAAAGUCCCCUGGGCCAGAGCCAGAGCCAACCCCCCGUGGCGGGGCAGCCCUCCGCACAGCCAGCAGCGGAAGAGUAUGGCUACAUUGUUACUGACCGAAAGCCCCUGAGCUUGGCUGAUGGAGUGAAGUUGCUGGAGAUCCUGGCUGAGCACGUGCACCUGUCUUCCGCCAGCUUCAUCAACAUCAGUGUUGUGGGGCCAGCCCUCACCUUUCGGAUCCGGCACAAUGAGCAGAACCUGUCCCUCGCAGAUGUGACUCAGCAAGCCGGGUUGGUGAAGUCUGAACUGGAGGCACAGACGGGGCUGCAGAUCCUGCAAACAGGAGUGGGGCAGAGGGAGGAGGCAGCGGCAGCCCUUCCUCGAGCAGCCCACAGCGCCUCUCCCAUGCGCUCCGUGCUUCUUACUCUGGUGGCCCUGGCCGGGGUGGCCGGGCUGCUGGUGGCUCUGACGGUGGCUCUGUGCGUGCGGCAGCAUGCGCGGCAGCGGGACAAGGAGCGCCUGGCAGCCCUGGGGCCCGAGGGGGCCCACGGUGACACUACCUUUGAGUACCAGGAUUUGUGUCGCCAGCACAUGGCCACAAAGUCCCUCUUCAAUCGGGCUGAGGGUCCCCCAGAGCCUUCCCGGGUGAGCAGCGUAUCCUCUCAGUUCAGCGAUGCUGCCCAGGCCAGCCCCAGCUCCCAUAGCAGCACACCGUCCUGGUGCGAGGAGCCCGCCCAGGCCAACAUGGACAUCUCCACAGGCCACAUGAUCCUGGCCUACAUGGAGGACCACCUGCGGAACCGGGACCGCCUCGCCAAGGAGUGGCAGGCACUAUGUGCCUACCAGGCGGAGCCGAAUGUCUGCGCCACUGCCCAGGGGGAAGGCAAUGCCAAGAAGAACCGUCAUCCUGACUUCUUGCCCUAUGACCACGCCCGUAUCAAGCUGAAGGUGGAAAGCAGCCCUUCACGCAGCGACUACAUCAAUGCCAGCCCCAUAAUUGAACACGACCCUCGGAUGCCAGCCUACAUAGCCACCCAGGGACCACUGUCCCAUACCAUCGCUGACUUCUGGCAGAUGGUGUGGGAGAGUGGCUGCACCGUCAUCGUUAUGCUGACCCCAUUGGUGGAGGAUGGCAUCAAGCAGUGUGACCGCUACUGGCCAGAUGAGGGCUCCUCCCUUUACCAUGUGUAUGAGGUGAACCUAGUGUCGGAGCACAUCUGGUGCGAGGACUUCCUCGUGCGGAGCUUCUACCUGAAGAAUGUGCAGACCCAGGAGACGCGCACGCUCACGCAGUUCCACUUCCUCAGCUGGCCGGCAGAGGGCACCCCGGCCUCCACGCGGCCGCUGCUGGACUUUCGCAGGAAAGUGAACAAGUGCUACCGCGGCCGCUCCUGCCCCAUCAUCGUGCACUGCAGUGAUGGUGCAGGGAGGACUGGCACCUACAUCCUCAUUGACAUGGUCCUGAACCGCAUGGCCAAGGGAGUGAAGGAGAUUGACAUUGCCGCUACCCUGGAGCACGUCCGGGACCAGAGACCUGGUCUUGUCCGCUCCAAGGACCAGUUUGAAUUUGCCCUGACUGCAGUGGCGGAAGAGGUCAACGCCAUCCUCAAGGCCCUGCCCCAGUGAGGCCCCCCACCCCUGUCCCAGGGCCCCUGUGGGCAGCCCGACCCGUUGCUCUGCGCUUGAGUGAGCAGCUGUCUGCAUAGCCACACUUGGCCUCCUCGCACCAGACCACUGGGCCCCUCUGUGGUUCACACAGCCCAUCCAGAAGGCGCUGGCAAAGGAGGGGGAUGUGGGGAUGAGGGGAGAGUGGCAGCUCACAAGGAGCUGGCAAGCAGCCAAUAGGAAAGGCGAGCACGUGCCCAGAGCUUUCCUUGCCAGAGUCCCCCAGCCCCUGUUGAGUUGCCUGUGAUUCUGGAUGCUUCCAACAUGUCUGUGUGCUCCCCCAGCCUCCACUGUAGACAAAGCAGGGUGGGGUGGUUAGUCCCAGCUUCUCUAUACUUCAUCCCACCCACCACUUCGGCUUUUCCAGCCCAGCUGCCACUGGCCUGCGGCCUUGGUCCACAUGUUGGCAUCUACCCUCCUUGCCCCCACCCACCCUCCUGCUGUUGGCCCAUGCGUGCCUCUCAACCUAUUCCCUCUGGUGUGAGAGAACAUUUCUGGAAAAAUCUACUUUUAUAUCUGUGUGAAUAAAGUUAGUGUGUUGUCUGUGCAGCAGCAACCCAGACUUGUUUGUGCUCACACUAUGCCCACCUGCAGUGGGCCAUGCUCUGGGCCAGGAGACG